AUGGAUGCGACAGGUUCUAUGUUAAGUUUAUUAUCUGCUGCUAAAGAAACUGUUUGUACAAUGUUUGAACAAGCUUCAGCUAUUCUAGAAACACUAAAGGUACCGAGUGAUUCAUUUCAAAUGCAAUUUGUAGUUUACAGAGAUUAUGAUUGUUUCGAAGAUCGAAUUCUUCAAAGUUCUGCUUGGGAAUCGAAACCAAGUAAUUUAAGAGCAUUUAUGACAACAGUAUCUGCUACAGGUGGUGGAGAUUAUGAAGAAGCGAUUGAAAUAGGACUAUGGCAUGCAGUUCAACAGAGUAAAAAGCCGGAGGGACUUUCUCAAGUUAUUUUAAUAGGAGAUGCACUGGCAAAAGAUAUGAAUACGAUAAAAAGAGAUAGAAAAGCCUAUGGAAGAGAAGCAUAUUGGAAUAAAAAUAGAAAUAUUCCCGUUCAUACGUUUUAUCUCUCUGAAGGUGCACGAAAAAAUUUUCAAGAAAUUGCAAAGCCACUAUCAGGAACUUGUGCACAAUUAGAUAUUCAUACUUCGAAUGGUACAGAAUCAUUAACUAAUUAUGUCACUGAAGAAGUAUCGAAAAAAGCAGCUACCAGUCAAGGUGAAGUUGCAGUACGACGAUAUGAAAAAGAGUAUAUACAAACUAGGUUUACAUCUUAA